GGACGUACUACCUCUUCCUCUGCACGCGGUUAAGGAGACCGGUCGUCCUCGGGCAGCUGGUGCUGAGUUAUGCCGGGAAAACUCCGUAGUGACGCCGAUUUGGAAUCAGACGCAGCUGUGGAAAAGAUGGAGCCACUGCGAAAGCAAAAUGAAAAGAAAGCUAAAAAAGAGAAGGCAAAACCCAAGAAGACCGAAGAGUCAGCAGAAAUUCAGGAAGAAACUGUGUCCCCUAAAACUAAAAAAAAGAAAGUGGGAUCUUCUGAAGUUGAUAUGAAUUCUCCUAAAUCCAAAAAGGCAAAAAAACAAGAGGAGUCAUCUCAAAAUGAUAGUAUUUCUUCUAAAGCCCAAAAUGCUAAAAAGAAAAAAGAGGUUGUUGACAAGAAAGCUGUCUCCCCUAAAACUAAAAAAGUGCAAAAAAGUGAGGAGGAUUCUGAAGCUCCUAAGCCAAAGAAAAUGAAGAAAAAAGAAGUGAAUGGAGAAAUUGUAGAGAAAAAUCCCAAACUUAAGAAUGGAUUCUCUCAUUCUGAACCUGACUCUCACUCCAGUGAAGAAAACAGUGAGACAGAGCAGGAAGUACCUGUGGAACAAAAAGAAGGAGCUUUCUCUAAUUUUCCCAUAUCUGAAGAGACUAUUAAGCUUCUCAAAGCCCGUGGAGUGACCUUCCUAUUUCCUAUACAAGCAAAGACAUUUCACCAUGUCUACAGUGGGAAAGACUUAAUCGCACAGGCACGGACAGGAACUGGGAAGACAUUCUCCUUUGCCAUCCCUUUGAUUGAGAAACUACAGGGUGGGCUGCAGGACAGGAAGAGAGGCCGAGCUCCUCAGGUCCUUGUUCUUGCACCUACAAGAGAGUUGGCAAGUCAAGUCAGCAGAGACUUCAGCGACAUCACAAAAAAGCUAUCUGUGGCUUGCUUCUAUGGUGGAACUCCCUAUGGAGGGCAGAUUGAGCGGAUGCGGAAUGGGAUUGAUAUCCUGGUUGGGACCCCAGGUCGAAUCAAAGACCACCUACAGAAUGGCAAGCUUGAUCUCACCAAGCUUAAGCAUGUUGUGCUGGAUGAAGUUGACCAGAUGUUGGAUAUGGGUUUUGCAGAUCAAGUAGAAGAGAUCUUAUGUGUGGCCUACAAGAAAGAUUCUGAAGACAAUCCCCAAACAUUGCUUUUUUCUGCAACUUGCCCUCAUUGGGUAUUUAAUGUUGCUAAGAAAUAUAUGAAAUCUACAUAUGAACAGGUGGACCUGAUUGGUAAAAAGACUCAGAAAACAGCAGUAACUGUGGAGCACUUGGCUAUCAAGUGUCACUGGACUGAGAGGGCAGCAGUUAUUGGUGAUGUGAUCCGAGUGUACAGUGGUCAUCAGGGACGCACGAUUAUCUUCUGUGAAACCAAGAAAGAAGCCCAAGAACUGUCACAGAGUACAGCUAUGAAGCAGGAAGCCCAGUCAUUACAUGGCGAUAUUCCACAGAAGCAAAGGGAAAUCACCCUGAAAGGUUUUAGAAAUGGUGAUUUUGGAGUUUUGGUGGCAACCAAUGUCGCUGCACGUGGUUUAGACAUCCCUGAGGUUGAUUUGGUUGUACAGAGUUCCCCACCAAAGGAUGUGGAGUCCUACAUUCAUCGUUCUGGGCGUACAGGUCGAGCUGGAAGAACAGGGGUUUGCAUCUGUUUCUAUCAGCACAAGGAAGAGUACCAGUUAGCACAAGUAGAGCAAAAAGCGGGAAUUAAAUUUAAACGAAUAGGUGUUCCUUCUGCAACAGAAAUAAUAAAAGCUUCCAGCAAAGAUGCCAUCAGGCUUUUAGAUACUGUGCCUCCCACUGCCAUUAGCCACUUCAAGCAGUCAGCUGAGAAGCUCAUAGAGGAGAAGGGAGCCGUGGAGGCCCUGGCUGCAGCCCUGGCUCAGAUUUCAGGUGCCACAUCAGUGGAUCAGCGCUCCUUGAUCAACUCACAGGCGGGUUUUGUGACCAUGAUCCUAAAGUGUUCAAUUGAAAUGCCAAACAUUAGUUAUGCUUGGAAAGAACUUAAGGAGCAGCUGGGCGAGAGCAUCGAUUCCAAAAUAAGGGGAAUGGUUUUUCUAAAGGGAAAGCUGGGUGUUUGUUUUGAUGUACCUACUGCAGCUGUCACAGAAAUACAGGAGAAAUGGCAUGAUUCACGCCGUUGGCAACUGUCUGUGGCUACAGAGCAACCAGAGCUGGAAGGACCACCAGAAGGAUUCCGAGGUGGCAGGGGUCCACGAGAUGGCAGCCGAGGUGGCAGGGGACAGCGAGAUGGCAGCCGAGGUUUCAGGGGACAGCGGAAUGGAACCAGAAACUUCAGGGGGGGACAGCGGGGUGGAAAUAGAAGUUUCAGGGGACAGCAGUCAGGAGGUGGCAGCCAAAGUAAUAGAGGGCAGAAACGGAGUUUCAAUAAAGCGUUUGGUCAGUGAGGAGAAGUUGAGGACAUAUAACUAUGUUUGACCACAUGAACUCCAUUUCUCACACAAUCCAAAGAAGUUUGUGCUGCCUUUGGUCCCAUGUCCAGUCCCCAUCCCCUAAAGAGACAGGCUUCUUCCAACCAUCCCAUCUGACAUUACCACUUGCAUCGUUAUUUCUACCACUUUUCUUAAUUUUUCAUCUUGAGAAGGAAUACAAAUCUAUUGCAAUAUAUUUUCUAAUAUAUUGCCUGUAGAUUAUAAGAUUGAAUCAGUCAUCAUGUUUCUUCCUGUAUUUAUAAGUUGGUCUUUUUUCAUAAUGCUGGGAAUUGAACCCAAAACCUUACAUAUACUAAGUAUGUGCCCUUUGACGAAGUUUUAUCCCCUGUCCCCCUAAGUCUCUCAAUAAUGUUCUCUAAAGUAAAUAUUCCUUGGCCUCCUGCCAAGCAAUUCCUCCUAGUGUCCUAUACUGUACUUUCUGAGAAUUAAUAAUGAGCAAUGUUUUGAAACAAGGUUUCAGACUUAGAUGAGUUGUAUUAUAGUUUAUGCCUGCCUCUUUUGAAUUUGAGGGAUGAAAUACACUAUGGAUUACCCAUAGUUUUGCUCAUUUUAGUAUGCUUAGCUUCUCUUUACAAGGUGAUUCAGGCUCCAGCAAAAGUGUUGACAAUAGUGUAUAUAGAAGUACCUUUGAAUAUAAAGCCAGUGUUUUUAAGAUUAAAUUCAAAUGUAUAUGAUGGCUCCAUAGCUUCCUUUGUAAAUUAGGAGGCUGGUUAAAUGCUGUUUAGAUACUUGUACUGCAGUUUCAAAAGUUUAGCAUUACUGUGAGGAAUUAAGAGACCAAGGGGCCUAGUUAUAUAUUGCUGAAAACAUUCUUAUGUAAGGAAGUGAUCACAACUAAUGCACAAAAAAAGGAAUGAGUACAUGCCAAAGCAUUUUUUUAGUGAGUCAUGAGUGUUCAAGAGGUUAACUUCUAGUGUGCAAUCUGGGUUUUUAGGUAGUAAUACAGUCCUAAUUUUUGUUUCUCAGUAGCCUAGAUCUUAAGCCACAACAUAGUAUCUACUCUGUUAAAAGUAUUUCUCCAUCAAGAGGUGUCCACUGAUUAGACACUUCUGUUAAUGACAGCUCCAUGAUUAUUUUACGUUGUUGCUUCACAGGAACUAAAGAAAUGUGUCUAGUGCUGGACAAAUGACUUGGACAUAAUUUCUCUGGAAAACAUUCUACAUAGCCUAGAACCUUAGUUUCUGGAAAUUCUACUGAGCGUCAGAACAUAGUCUGUCAUUCUCAGCCAGUUAGUUUGAACAACUAAACUCUUUACAGGCUCUUGUUUCUGUAUCUGGUUUCGCUAACUGCCUCCUACUUGGUCUUGGUCCCCUUGCAGUAGGAAUUCUGACAACCACUUUAUCCUGGUCCCUGAGGCAAGUUCCUAUCCCAUUUUCAGAAUUCUCUUAGCUUU